AAGUGCUUAUGUGCUCCAGAUAAAAGCAUAGCUGGGUAUUGAGGGCUUGCUGAGAUUUUUGUGGAGAUGUUAAGAGUACAGGCUAUAUGGAAAAUACAGGCUCUGUCACAGAUCUGUGAUACAAGAGACUGAAAGUCACAUGGGGACCAAGCUAUAAAAGAUUGAAAGGCUUGUAGAAGUCUCCAUUGUUCCGUAGCCACCUGAGGCAGGCACCUUUGCUUAACUUGGAAGGUGUGAGCUCACUCUUCUGCAGUCAAGGACAGGAGCAGAACCUGCUGAUUGAUUGAUUGAUUGAUGCUUAGCAGGCUACUUGUGUGCUGAUUUGGGGAAGUACUUCUUGCUUCUGUCCCGAGGAGUAUCUUAAGAGAGCUGCAUGGGCAUUUCUAUGGAGAUAUCCAUGGGGUUUCCUUUGAUGAGGGACCAUACCCAGGAGUUCCUUCACAGAUGAAGGGCAAAGAACUUGACUACAGCAUCAAGCUGUAGUGGUUUCUUCUUUUGACUGAAUGAAUGCAGUGGAUCAGUUACAGAAGAGGAUACUUGGGUUAAGUUUUCUGUAGGGCUGUGGAAAAGUCUGGAUAGCCUAUAGUGUCAAGGUUAUCUUUCCUGUCUGUGAGAAUGGAGGAUAUUUUUGUUACUGAGGUGGUCACAUUUAUUUAUUGGGUUCAUGUAUGCCACAAUUUGCCUGUGGAGGUCAGAGGAUGACCUAAUGAGUCUUUCCUCCUAUUGUUGGCCCCUGGGAUCACACAAGGCUUGACAGCAAGUGCCUUACCCUGCUGGGCUAUCUCCUCAGCCCACGCCAUUGCUUUGCUUCUGCUGGAAGAAGUUGAGCUUUGCUCAGCAAAGAUGAGUUGUGUUCCAGAGGCUGCUGUUAUUCUAAAGGAAAACAGCAACCCUGGGACUGGGCCUCUUACUCCUGGAUAACCCCAAGGUUUGGAGGGAUGAAGUGGGGCCAGUGAUGGAAGUCUGGGAAAUUCCAAGUUCCAGACUUGCUGGGGCAAGUCUGGCUGAAUAUGGAUUGGGGACUGGUGGCUAGCCUGCCUAUCAGGAGAGACUAUUGCUUUCUCUGCCCAAUGAGACAGAGCAGGGGUCUCCAAGGGGCUGGAAACUCAAUCUAAGACCCAGAGAAGCCCUGGAUCUGCUGCAAUAAGCAGCUGCUGUGCUCCAGGGUCAGGUUAAUUGCGACUGGGGAGGGGUUGGGGAGGGGCUAGGGGCCAGGCUGGGUUACUGAACUUUUCCUACCCUCCCUUGUCGCUCCCUCCCUUUGCUGGAGGAGCCAACUUCAAAAGUCUCUCCACCUGCCCCUCAGCUCUAUCUAGGGAGGACCCAUCGGCCAGUAGAGGACCUUUUGUGGCUGCCAGUUGCCUAUUUCAUUGGCCACCCAAAGACCCAGAGGACCCCAGGAUCAAAUGUGUGUGGCCUGCUAGAGGGAGUAAGGGUGGGCCAGACCCUGAGAGGCCUAUGGUGAGCAGCUGGGGCCUUGGGCCAAGGGGCUGGAUGUGGGCAUAACGGAGGGGGGGGAUGUGUCUUUUUCCCUGUGCCUCAUGGAAACCCCCAGAUGUUUAUAAUGGUACCCCAUAAAAUGACCAUUGCAGGUCUUAUGUUCUGACUUUCUCAGAGCCCUUUUUCUCUUACACUGGGCUAAACCUGAGUUGUAGGGACUCCCUAAGCAGCCAACCAGUCCCAUGUUGGUGCUAGAUACACUAGCAGUAUCACUGGCUGGCCUAAUUGGCUCUUGUUCUUAAUGUGGUCUGAUGGGCUGUUCUCAAUAUCCCUCCAUUGGCCAUGGUACUCAGUGAUUUGCAAGAGAGUUCUUCGGUUUGCUGUUAUCCCAGGCAGAAGCCCCAACCCCCACCCAUCUCUAUGUGGGAGUUUGUGGUAUGCUCAGUUCAGCUCUCCUGCCAGGGCUGGGAAGCUGAGUCCUGUCGCUGGCCUCACCAGAUUAAUUUUCCAGCUCAAGUAGACUGCCUAACUCCAGCUGGGAGCCUAGAGGCAGAUUUGGGAACUAGUCCAUUUGAAGGAACUGGGGUUCUGGGGACCUUCAGUGUCCUCCUAAUUUGUGAGCUUUCCCCAGCACCAGUCCUUUCCAUUCAGGGUGGGAGGAAACUUGGCAGGCUUUGCUUUUUCUCUUGCUGUCUCUGAGCCCCCCCACCCCACCCCACCUUCCCUUCCCAUUGGGAGCGUAUUUUGAAGUUCUGAGCCAUUGUUUUUGCCAUAGUUUUGGCUUUCUGUGACUGGUUGUGAUUGGAGUUCUCGUACUGCAUAAAAGCAAAGUAGUUUAUUCCUAGAUCCCUUCUUGUUCUCCCAAAGGAUUUGAGAUGUAUGUGUGAGAGAACAGCCAAAAGACUAACAACCAGGGGAUAGGAGUGGGCUAUGACUAGUAGGUAUGGGUCUGAGCAUGGUCGGGGUGAAGCUGUAUGAGAGAUCACUUCUUGCUGUAUGCCCUCCCCCACCCCACUUCCUGUACAAAAUAAGGGAGCUCUUACACAUCCAUGGUACUGUCGGUGCUCACUUUUCUUCCUCUCCAAUGUAGACCAUAAUGCCACCCCUUGUCUCUGGACCUGUUCUCUGUCACCUUCCUAGUCCUUCGGGGCUCAGUGAAAAUUUCCCCAUGUCCCACUCCACACUCCACAAAUGUUCACAGAACAUGGCUAUCGUAUCAUGGAUGUGUUUGGUUUGUCUCCUUUUCUAGGACUGCCCAGGUUUAUCAUAAGCCAUGGCCAGAGGUUCUGAUGAGAUUUUCUAUCUCCCAGCAUCUCAAACUUGAGGGAACACCCUUUGUGGUCACUCCGAGUGCCUAUGGGGCCACUUCUUGUGUAGGGAGGCCUAUGCUCUCAGCCCUAACCUGGUGUCUUCUCCAGGUGCGCCCAAAGCUUGCUUUUUACAUACUACCACUGCUUCUGGCGUUUCUUGGAUCUGCCCUGGGCUGGCCUGGGUCCCAGUCUUGCAGUGUCCAGGAGGUACUCCGCCACUACCAAGCCGUCAUCUUCCAGGAUUUGCAGACUGCAAUGCAGUGGGCUGGGCUGGGUGUCCAACACACACAGCCAGGAUCCCGACACCACCGCUUCAUUCAGAAAAACCUGACUGGAGCUGGUGGAGGUCAGGGACAGCCAGGGACCUCCUGUGAUGCCCAAAAGGAGAGUAGCAUCCUACUGUCUAUUGAGUCCUUGGGUCAGACCCUUCUUGGGAGUGUGGCUGGAGUACCCCACAAUGCAUUAGAGAAAGCGGCAUGGACAGUGGCAGUGCGCACCGAGGCAGUGAUGCGCAGACACUGCGGAACAUCCUACAGGCAGAUCCAGCAGCCAAGGAAGCACGCGGUACAGCUGCGCAACAGUCGGAGGCGGCUCCUGCUACGUGCCCUAUACGCUGUCGCCACCUGCUGGGAAAAGCUCUUUGCACUAAGUGCCAUGGCUACCGGCGAAUUCUAGCACUGUCCCUGUUCUCCCACUCAUCACAGAAGAUUGGAAACAAACUGAUUUGAUAGCACCCUCUCAGCUCAGAUUGCCUGCACUCAAAGGUCCAGAAUGUGUAUACAUCCAUUGAGGCCCCAAUAAAUGGAGCUAAUGAUGUGAUCUGA